AUGGCACCGGAAAAAGAGAAGUCGAAAGUACAUAAACUGUCUUUGAAAGGCUCUGCAAAGCUGGUCUCCGAAUUUUUUGAAUACUCCAUUCACUCCAUCCUUUUCCAACGCGGCGUAUACCCAGCAGAUGACUUCACAGCAGUUAAGAAAUAUGGCCUCAACAUGCUCGUGUCCGCGGACGACCAGGUCAAGGCGUAUAUUAAGAAGAUAAUGUCACAGCUGAACAAGUGGAUGCUGGGAGGCAAGAUAUCUAAGCUUGUUAUCGUCAUAACGGACAAGGACACCGGAGAACACGUCGAGAGAUGGCAGUUCGAUGUCGAAAUAUUUAAACACUCAAAGAGCAAGUCUGCCAAAAAGGCGGCUGAUAAUGAAAAUGCCAAUCCCGGGACGCAACCCGGCAGCUCUGCACCGGCUGAAAAGUCUGAAAAAGAGAUACAAGAUGAGAUUCAGGCUAUAUUCCGCCAAAUCACAGCCUCUGUCACCUUUCUACCAAUGCUGGAUGGAAACUGUACGUUUAACGUACUAGUCUACGCUGAUGCCGACUCCGAAGUGCCUCUGGAAUGGGGCGACAGUGACGCCAAAGAGAUUGAGAACGGAGAGAAAGUCCAGUUGCGCAGUUUCAGCACGAGCAACCAUCGUGUUGACACCAUGGUUAGCUACAGGUAUGUUGGGUGGUACCCUCGAGUGACUCUAUUCUCUGCCUCCAGGCCUAACCUUUUGUAUAGACUAGCAGAGUAG